AUGGCAAGUCCUCCGACGACGGGAGGACACCUGUUAUCUAAUGGGACGAACGGUGUGAAGAAGUACGGUUACCUGAGGAAGCAGAAACACGGACACAGACGCUUUUUCGUGCUCAGAGAGCCGACCGAUCGCUGCCCUGCCCGCCUGGAGUAUUAUGAAAGCGAGAAGAAAUGGAGAAACAAGUCCGCGGCGAAACGGGUCAUAACUUUGGACUCCUGUCUGUGCGUAAACAAACGAGCCGACGCCAAACACAAGCACCUCAUCGCCCUCUACACCAAGGACGAGUAUUUCGCCGUGGCUGCAGACAACGAACAGGAGCAAGAGAGCUGGUUCGAGGUUUUGACUGAUCUCAUAGCAGAAGGGAAAGUGUACGACAGCCCCGCUUCCACCUCCUCGCUAGUAGGCUUUGAGGAGUCCAGCUACGGGCUUAUUACUCCUGCAACAGCUGUCUAUAAGGAGGUAUGGCAGGUCAAUCUGAAAGCCAAAGGUUUGGGUCAGAUCAAGAACCUCACAGGUGUGUACAGGCUGUGUUUGUCCAGCAGGACCAUCAGCUUUGUUAAACUGAACUCUGAAACAGCUGCAGUCAGUUUACAGCUCAUGAACAUCAGGAGAUGCGGCCACUCAGACAGCUUCUUCUUCAUUGAAGUGGGCAGGUCAGCGGUCACGGGGCCCGGGGAGUUCUGGAUGCAGGCAGAGGACUCAGUGGUGGCGCAAAACAUCCAUGAGACCAUCCUAGAGGCGAUGAAGGCUAUGAAGGAGCUUUCUGAGUUCAGGCCGAGGAGCAAAAGCCAGUCUGCCAGCACCAACCCCAUCUCUGUGCCCACACGACGCAACCUCAACAACCUCCCCCCUAGUCAGACGGGUUUGGUGAGGCGAUCCAGGACAGAUAGCAUAGCCGCCACAUCACCGGGGAGAAAGUUCACCUCCUGUCGGAUAAGGACGGCCAGCGAGGGAGAUGGAAGCGUGACCCGGCCCGUGUCCAUGUCCAUAUCUGUGAACGGGAGUCCCACCAGUCCGAACUCUUCGAAUCACCUCAGCAGGUCCCAUACACUCAGCAGUGGGCGCACCUGCAGAAUGCUCGAGUCCUCCUCCAACCUGCAUCACAGCCGGUCCAUGCCAGUGUCCAACUCCCCUCCGGUGGCCUCCAGCCCCAUUAGCAUGUCUCCCAGAGGGGGGGCUGGUAUCUCCACUCCUGACAAAGCCAGGCGGCCCUUCAGCUGCAGUGCCUCCAUCUCUGGCUCCCUCAGUGACACUGGUUUCAUGCUAUGUGACGAUUACAGCUCAAGCCCAGGUGAACCCAAGUUCCUCCCCCUGACCCGCAGUGACACCCCCGACUCCCUGUCCAGCACGCCUCCAUCCCGUGAUAUCAGCGACCCUUGUGGCUACAUGUUAAUGGAGGGGGCCAAUGGCAGCAGGUCUGGCAGCGAGGGUUUGGCGUUUGACAAGGCAUACAGGAAGCGGACGCACUCCCUCACCACACCGCGUCAACAGAGGGUGGUGGCACCGCUGUCCUCGGCCUCCCUGGACGACUACACCCUCAUGAGGAUGGCGCACGGACAGAACUCUCACUCCGCCUCACCUAAAGUGUGUUACCCCGAGGACUACGGAGACAUAGAAAUCGGUUCAUCCAGGAGCUCCAGCAGUAACCUUGGCGAUGAAGGUUACAUGCCCAUGACGCCAGGUGUAGCGCAGCAAUCCGGCAAGGCAGACAACUAUGUGCCCAUGAGCCCCAUGUGCGUCUCGGCACCAAAACAGAUAGUAAACCCAAGGGUGCAUCCUCAGGCGGCUGCCGGUGGGGGCUACAAGACUAACUCCCCCUGCAGCAGCUCUCUGGAGGAUAGCGGUUACAUGAGGAUGUGGUGCGGCUCCAAAUCCUCAAUGGAGAGCCCGGACAGGAAUGGUGAAUACAUGAACAUGUCACCUGGAAACCCACCUCCACUCCAGACCUCCCCUGACUACUACUUGGGCCUGCUGGCUGGGGAAUCGUCGUCAGUGAGGUCAGCAUACCAGGCCGGCUCCCUCACCCUCCCUGCUAAACUUCAGGCCUCCAAGAAUGAAGAUAACAGCCAGUAUGUGUUGAUGAGCCCUCAGAGUUUAAGGCAGAGGGCAGCAGAUUCUGACUACUAUUCAGUGAUGCAGCCCAGCGCGACUCAGACCUCACCACUGAGCCCCUCAGUACCCUCCCCAGUUAGGCAUGGCCGGGCGGACACCCUUCCCUACAGAGGGAGGCUUGGCAGGCCUAACAGGCUAUCCCUGGACACCCUGAGAACCCUUCCCAGCAUGAAUGAACACCCUCUGCCUGGAGAGCCCCGGAGUCCUGGGGAGUACAUCAACAUCGACUUCAGCGGUCCCAGAUUCUCCCCGCCCUCCAUCGAGUCCACAGAGAGCCAGUCUUCAUCUUUGGCUUCUAGCGGCGGGGACAUGAGGAGAUCCUGUCUGACAGACUACAUCAACCUAGAGCUGGGUUCUCACUCACCCAAGGAGUCUAACACUCCCGCCGAGCGUUUGGACACACUCCCAGAGCUAUCCAUGUGCCCCUGUUCAAGGGAGGAUGGAGUUUACCAUCUGGGUGGUGAGAAAGGGUCUCAGGGCCUGAAUGAUGAAAGCAACAACGACUACACUGAGAUGACGUUCGGGAUGACCAGCUCACCUCCACAGCUCGUUCCUCAGAAUACAACAAGCAGCCAGAGCAGCAGGGAGAGGACGCUCUCUCUGGAGGAUCAGGGAGUACCAGAAAGCAUUGGGGUCUUCCUGCUCGGAGCCGCCUCUGCCUCCACGGUCGACCCCGACUGCUCCGCAAAGGUGAUCCGAGCCAACCCACAAGGACGUCGGCGCCACAGCUCCGAGACCUUCUCCUCCACCGCCACCGUAACCCCAGUGUUCCCCUCCUUCGCCCGCGGAGACGCCGUCAAGAGGCACAGCUCGGUGGAGAACAUCUCAUCCCGGAGCAGCGAGGGCUCAGACGAGGAGUACGGCAGCCCCGUGAACCGGCAGAGCUCGGCCGGCUACCCCAACGGCCUGAACUACAUUGCGUUGAACCUGCUGGACAACAGAGGGGGGGAGAAAUGCGAGGACCUGGUUGGCUUCAAACCCACCAGCAGCUGCAAAGGGGGUAUCAAUGGAUUACACAGCACAUCAUAUGUCUGUUUGGGAUUCAAGGAGGCUGCAACCACUGCCAAAGACUGAAGGACUCCUCUAUUCUCUGACUUGGCGUCUUCACUGACCUGCUGCUCGAAAAAAAAAGAAAAAAGAUUUGUCCUUCCACUGGCCUCUGUGGCCCUAAAAGACUGUCUGGACUCUCAACACCAUACACACACACAUACGCAG